AGGGGCCAGGCGUUGCAAAGUAUAAAUAGUGUGACUUCAAUCGCGGCUCAGUGAGCAGCAGGUCUGUAACUCCCCGCGCCGAGACCCGGAACCGGCCCGCAUCUACGAGCUGCCGAGCAGAGCGCGAGCUCCGAGAGUUGGCAACCCGCAUCAGCACGAGAGAAGAAAAAAAAAAAAAAAAAAAAACAGAGUGAGAGAAUAAGCAGCAUUGAUGUCUUAUCUGAGACUGCUGAGAAACUGAGCUUGAGAAAGUGAGUGAGAAGAGAAGAGAAGAGUAGAGAAAAGAGAAGAGAAGACUGGCGGGCUUUAUUUUUCCUUCUUCUUCUUGGGACCAGUGAUGGAAGAACUCACCGCUUUCGUGUCCAAAUCCUUUGAUCAGAAAGUGAAAGAGAAGAAAGAGGCGAUCACGUACCGGGAGGUGCUGGAGACGGGCUCGGCGCGAGCCAGGGAAGCGCUCCCGGUUGAAGCAGGGCGCGAGGACGCGAGCAUUCUAGCGCGAGGAGCCGUCGCGCGCUCACCGGUCAGAGAAGCGGACAUGACGGGGCCGGAGAGGACGAGGGACACGGGGAGUCCCAAACUCACAGACGGCAUCCUGGACGUGAAGGAGCGAAAAGAGGAUGCCAAGCCGACAGAGGAUGAGACUCAGACCAAAAUCAAGCAGAGGAGAAGUCGGACUAACUUUACUCUGGAGCAGCUGAAUGAGCUGGAGAGGCUGUUCGACGAGACGCACUAUCCGGACGCGUUCAUGCGCGAGGAGCUGAGUCAGCGGCUCGGGCUCUCCGAAGCGCGCGUGCAGGUUUGGUUUCAAAACAGGAGAGCCAAAUGCAGAAAACAGGAAAACCAGUUACACAAAGGGGUGCUCAUCGGAGCUGCGAGUCAGUUUGAAGCGUGCCGCGUCGCGCCAUAUGUCAACGUGGGAGCUUUGCGCAUGCCAUUCCAACAGGAUAGUCAUUGCAACGUGCCACCCUUCUCCUUUCAGGUGCAGGCGCAGCUGCAGCUGGACAGCGCCGUGGCCCACGCGCACCAUCACCUGCACUCUCACCUGGCGGCGCACGCGCCCUACAUGAUGUUCCCCGCGCCGCCGUUCGGCUUGCCCUUGGCCACGCUGGCGGCGGAGUCUGCCUCGGCGGCGUCGGUGGUGGCCGCAGCCGCCGCCGCCAAAAACAGCAACAAGAACUCGAGCAUCGCGGAUCUGAGACUGAAGGCCAAGAAGCACGCGGCGGCGCUCGGACUGUGACACGCCGGUGCGCGCGCGCGCGGGCGGGCACAGUGCACACUCACAACACUAGGACGUUAUUUAUACUCUCUUAUGAAGGACACUCCAGAAUAAAGGCUUAUUUAUGACAUGAACAACACAAACUGUGAAAUCGAAGUGAAGCCUGUCACGGAUGCAGGUUGCAACCAGGACGAACCGGAAGCGGAAACCAUUUGUCCAAGACAAAACUCAUUCCGAAUGUGUGCAAACGCAGCUGGGACGUUGGACUCCUGUGUGACAAAGUGAACACUUUCUGCGUAGUUUGCUGUUUUAAAAAAAAAAACAAGAAAUAGUUAAAAAAAAAAAGAGGCUGGCCUCGUUUUAUCUGAAACAGAGUUUCUCAUGAAAAGGACGCUUAUGGAUGUCUGUGCGCGAGGACUUAUAACAAAAAAAAAACAA